AUGAGAUUGAUUUCUCUACAUUUAUUAGUAUAUAGCUUAAUUUUUAGUAUAUGUACCAUUAAAUUAUCAUAUGCAAAUACUAAUGGUUGGGGAGAAUAUAGUUGCGAUUCAAGUAUACAAGAAAAUAGGGUAUAUGUUAUGGUAGAUUAUAAUAUAGUACCAAGUUCAAAAAAAGAAAAUACUUUUUUUACAAUAAAAGAAGAUGAUGCUCCUAUUCAUGGAGAAUUUGUUGUACAUUCUAUUCAAAAUAGUGUUAAUUUAAAAAUUACAAAACUUAAAAAGAUUCUUAUACCAUUAAAAAAUUUAUAUCACAAACAACAAAGUAGUUAUGAAUCUUUUGGAAAUAAUAUUUAUUUUUUAAUUUGUCCAAAAAAAGCUGCUAGUAAUUCACAUUUUACAUUUAAUAAACCAUAUGAACAAAUGCCAUUAACACAAAAUAAAAUAGGAUUUAAAUGUUCAUUAUUAAGUUGUAAUAUUGGUUUAUAUCCACAAGGUGAUCAACAUAUGAGUACAAGUGAAAAAAUAAUGAAUGGUGGAGUAGUUGAACAAGGUUUAUUUAUUGGAUUUAAAGAUAAUCCAACUGAAAAUUUUAAUUAUAUUCUUUUUUAUGGUGGAACAAAAACAGCUGGAUAUGAUAAAACAGUUCUCGUUGCUUGCCCAUAUAAAAAUUGGGUAUCAAGAUAUACUUAUGCUACAUUUAAACCAGAUAGUUUAAUUUUAGAUCACUAUCCAAAAAUUCCAGAUGAUUAUGAUAGACAUAUUUUAGUACCAGCUCAUAGAUUAAGAUAUAUUCCACGUCAAAUAGGUGUUAAAAAUAGAUUAACUUUUACAUGUGGUUAUUUAGAACAAGACAAAAAUAUUACACAAUCUGGUCCUAUAAGAAUUGGUUAUGAAUUUGAUAAAAAUGAUAAUUAUCUUAUUGAUUAUUUUCAAAUAAAAUCUGAUAAAUUUUAUUGUGGUAACAUUGAUAUAACAAAUUAUUAUCUUUUUUCUUAUAUUUAUAAAGCUGAUAUUCAUUAUUCUGAUCAAGGAGAAAUAGAAUAUAUAACAAAAUUAAAUGAACACAAAUUUUAUUAUAAACAAGUAAUUUAUGCUUAUGACAAAGAUUGGAUUUUAAAUAAAUUUAAAAAUAAUAAGGAAAAAUUUUUUGAUAAUGAUUAUGACUUACCAAUAUUUGAAACUAAAUGUGUUGCCAAACAUGGAACUGAAGUUGGUAAAUUAGGAUUAACAGUUGAUAAAAUACCUCAAUAUCCAAAAUAUAAAGUUGUUAAAAAAGAUGAUCCUGAAAAAGAAACAUAUACAAUUGAUUUAGAUGCAAAUAAAGACAAAGAAAUAUCUUGUAAAGUCAUUUUAUUUAAAAAUAAAGAUCCCCGUUAUUCAGAUUUUUAUGAAAAAGCAUUUUCUACACGUAUACAAAAAAUUUUAGAUGUUAAUGAUCAAACAUAUUCUGGUGAACUUGUUAAAAGUAUAAAAAUUACAGGAGAUCCAAAUAAAGAUAUUGGAAAAUAUAAAUGUAUUCUAUAUAAUGUAACUAUUCUUGAUAUAGUUGAUAGUGAAUUUUAUGUGUUAGCAAAAAGCUUAUCUAAUCAAACAACAACAGUAGAUGAAUCAAUGUCAAAUAAGGAUAUGUAUAAAUGUGAUUUAGUAGACAAGAAUAAACAAUUUUUGAUUAAAAUGACUGUUACAAUACCAAACAAAAAACCAAUAUUUUUUGAAAGAGAUACUAAAAUUAUUAAUUAUAUUAAUAAAAAUUUUAAAGAAAGAUUUGAUCAUGUUGUAUAUCAUCCAGAUGAUGAAAAAGACUAUAGAACAGAUACAAAUGUCAAAUGUAUCUACCUUGAUCCUAAUACCAAAAAAGAAACAGAGGUUCAAAAAAAUAUUAAAGUUGCUGAAAAAAAAAAAAAAAAAGAAACUAAAGGUUUAAGUAAAACAGUAAUUAUAUCAAUAAUUUGUGGUUCUAUCUUUGCUGUAAUAGUUUUAAUUGGUGUAGUAAUAUGUUUGAUUGUAGUAAAAAAAAAUGAAAAGAAAAAACAAAUGUUGAUAUCUCAAAAUUCGGGUACAUCAUCAAUGUCUAAAUCACAUUCAUCUGUACGUGGAAGUUCUAAAUCAAAGAGUAAAAGAACAAAGGGUAAUUCAAGGAAAAAAUCACGAACUAAAUCAAAAAGUGUUGUAUCCAAAAAUUGUAAAUCUUAA